UUGAAAUCUUUCAUUUAACACAUUGGUAGCUUUCAUAGGAUUAUUAUUUUUAUAGAAAUGAUUUUCCUUAGGCUGGCCAAAACUGGUGCCGGCACCCUAAUCCUAUUCCAUCUGGCGUUGGUAUAUGCAAAAAGUCAGAGUAACUGCCACGUGUUGCACAUUGUUUAUUGUAUUACUAUGCUUGGUUGCCUUGGCAACCGCCACUGGUAACGGUUACUAUGCUAUGAAUAAACAAAAUAAAUUGUGUAAUAUUCAAUUACAAUAUUGUAAUAGAGUGCUAACAAGAUUAACGUCCAGUUAUAAAUCAACAAAGUUGAUUAACAUUACUUUCAUCUCGUGUCGCACCUAUAAUAUAUAAACGAAAUUGCUUUAUCCAAUGGGAAACUUGAUUCAACGCUGCUGUUCUUGUUCUCAACCAAACGAUGAAACAUUAGGACUGCUAUUGAUAGGACUAGACAAUACAGGAAAAACGGAACUAGCCUAUAAAAUAUGUGGAAAUAAGCGUGAUGAGUUUUUGCAAACUAAAGGAUGUCGGGUGUACAAUGCAAAUAUUGCUGAUGCUAAAGUCCAGUUGACGGAAAUUGGAGGAGCACCGGAGUUCCGAGACCUUUGGAAAUAUUACUUUUUAGAUAUGUAUGGCGUUAUUUUCGUGAUAGAUGCUUCCAGUAUCAACAACAUAUGCCAGUCUUACAAAAUAUUCAAAAACCUGAUGGCACAUGACUUCCUCAUAGGCAAACCUUUUCUCAUCAUUGCCAAUAAGCAGGAUUUGCCAGGUUCUGUGGAUUGCAUAGAUAUAUGUGAAUACCUAGACGUUGAGUUCCUAGCCAAUAAAUUUAGAAAUCCCUGCAUGCUGGAAGCAUGCGGUAACUGGGAGGAUGAGUCAGAUGAAUAUGACGGUCUGAUGCUUGGAGUCAAUUGGCUAGUGAAAACAAUUAUUUCCAACAAACAAUUCCUCACCAAUAGGAUAAACUUUCAUCGCGUUAUGCUAGAGCAAAGUUCAAAACUGUUCCAAAGUCAUCGCCCGUGCACCGGAAUCCGCCGAAAGAGUUCACGAUUCAGCAAAAGAGAGCUAAGACCGAAAACGGCUCCUUCGGAAUACCGGAGCUGGUUGAAGGAAAACGACAACAAUUAUCUAUCCAAAAGAAAUAGUUUUGCUUCCGAUCGAAGUGGAAAAAGUCAGAUCACCAAUGUGGGAACCACUGAAACAACCACGACAGACUCCAACAGCCAGCCAGACGGACUAUCGAUGGUCGAGGAAACUACUGAAAAUGCCGAAGUUGCCGAACGUGCCGAGGUUGCUGAAAACGGCGAAGUUGCUACGAUGAAUGAAAAUCACACCGAAACCAUAGUUCUAAUAACAAAUCUACCACCCGAAGAUUUAACCGUUGAGGACCUCUCUUUGACACUGCAUAAUUCCGAAAUUAACAAACGGAUGAACGGAAUUGCCGUUUAGCAAUAUUGUGAACCGUUUGUAACUUUCUCAUGUGCCAAGUAUUAUAAUUUGAUAUGUACCGCAAACAAUGGUAUUAAAACAUCUAAAUAAAAAAAUAGAUUUGUGUGAAUCCAAAGACAGAUUUUACUUUAUUCUGUUAUGUCAGUUUCUGUUCCAGUAUUGAUGGGCAAUGUCUCUAAAACCAGUAAGCAAAAAGAAUGUUGCAACAUUGUUUUUUUAGUCGUAGUUCAUGUGCAAUCUUUCAUGUAUUGCUUAUUGUUACAUCCUGGAGUUCGCCUAUCAAACGGCAUCAACUCACCAAAGUGAACCCUCUA